AUGACAUAAUAGGAAGAAAAGCUUCCUUUAUUCUAAAGGCUAGUGCCAUGGAUCUUAAACAAUGAGAAAAAGCCACCUAAAGGCUUUGAGAAAUUCUUUAAAAAGAGAGAUGAGGCUCCAAAGACACAAGAUGAAUAAAAGUCAGCAGAAGGUAAAAAGGAAAAGGCUUCAUAGAAAGAAGAAGAUGAGAAGAUUGAAGAGGAGGAAGAACACGAUGAUAAGAAAGGAUCCAGCAAUGAGGGAAAAGAUUCCAAAUCUGAUGGAAGAGAGGAGUGGAAGAAAUUCCUUUUUGAUCAGGAUAACAACCCAAAGCCUGAAGGAUUUUUAGCAUUGCUACUUGCAGGCUUUACAGCAUACUACUUAUUGACAUACAGAAAGCCUAUGCAAGAGAUUGUAUUCAAGGACUUCCUAAAUGAAUAUCUGUUAAAGAAUAACGUCAAAGAGAUCACAAUAACCAAAGAUAAGCGUAGUGAGGUCUUUAAUUAUAGAGCUGAGAUCACCACAAUGAAUGGUGAGAAAUUCUAUAUGACUUUAGGAGCUUAUGAGAGCUUUUUAUCUAAGCUAGAUUUAGUCCAAAGGGAGAUGGGCAGACAACCAAGUGAAUUUGUACCUGUUAAGUAUAAUAAUCAAGGUGAGGAGCAGAUGAGCAAUCUAAUGAUGAAUUUGUUGGUCGGUUCUCUAUUUGUUCUAUUUUUCUAUCAAAUUUACAGAAAUAGAAAUGGAGGAGCCUAAUCUGGAAAAGGUGGAAAACCAGGUGCCCCAGGAUAGCAAGGUAAAGGAUGGUUCUAGAACUAAGGAGGAAUGGGCGACAUGUUCAAUUAUGGUAAAUCAAAUGCUACUGUAUAUGGAGAAGAGAAAAAGAUUAAGGUUAAAUUCGCUAAUGUAGCUGGAAAUGAGAAUGCCAAAAUAGAGAUUAUGGAAUUCGUGGAUUUCUUAAAAGAUCCCAAGAAAUAUCAAAAACUAGGAGCUAGAGUUCCUCGAGGAGCUCUUCUUGUUGGUCCACCAGGUUGCGGUAAAACAAUGCUAGCUAAAGCAGUUGCUGGUGAAGCUAAAGUACCAUUCUUUUCAAUCUCUGGUUCAGAUUUCGUUGAGAUGUUUGUCGGAGUUGGAGCUUCAAGAGUAAGAGAUCUCUUUAAAAAGGCCAGGCAGAAGGCUCCAGCCAUUAUAUUCAUAGAUGAAAUCGAUGCUGUAGGUAAAAAAAGACAUGGCAAAUUUGGAGGAGGUAAUGAUGAAAGAGAUAAUACCCUCAACCAGCUGCUUGUUGAAAUGGAUGGUUUCUCAACUGAUACAUCAGUGAUAGUUCUAGCUGCCACAAACAGAAAAGACAUUCUUGAUAGUGCUCUAUUGAGACCUGGUAGAUUUGAUAGAACAAUUGAAAUUAUCCUACCUUCCAUUAAGGAAAGAGAAUAAAUCUUUAAUGUACAUCUUAAAAAGAUCACACUAAAUGAUAAAUUAAUGAAAGAAGAUUAUGCUAGAAAGCUAGCUGCUCUAACUCCAGGAUUCAGUGGAGCUGAUAUUAAAAAUAUUUGCAACGAGGGAGCUAUUAUUAGCGCUAGAAAGAAUCUUGAAAGUGUCUCAAUAAAGGAAUUUGAAGAAGCAACCGAAAGAGUCAUUGCAGGAAUCGAGAAGAAAUUACCAUUAAGCGAAUUUGAAAGAAAAACAGUAGCUUUCCAUGAAGCUGGCCAUGCAGUAGCAGGAUGGUUCUUGGAACACUCAAGUCCUCUACUGAAAUUGACUAUCGUGCCAAGAGCAAAAGGAUCUCUUGGAUUUGCCUAAUAUCUUCCAGACGAGUUAAAUCUUUACAACAAAUAACAACUUGAAGACAUGAUUGUAAUGGCCCUAGGUGGCAGAGUAUCUGAAGAGAUAUUCUUUAACCGAUUAACCACUGGUGCUUCAGAUGACAUUAAAAAGAUCACCCAAAUCGCUUAGGGCAUGGUUGCUUAGUACGGUAUGAGUGCAAAUUUGGGACCACUUAACUAUGACACUGAAGAAGGCUAUUAAAAGAUGUUCAGUGAUAAGACAAAUAGACUUAUAGACCAGGAGGUCAAGGCAAUUAUCGAUAGAGCUUAUAUAAGAUGUAAGGGUCUGCUAACAGAGAAAAAAGAUCUCAUUUAAAAGCUUGGUGACCAAUUGCUAGCGAAAGAGACAUUAGCUUUGCCAGAUAUCGUUGAUAUUCUAGGUCAAAGACCCUACCCAUUAAAGGAAUCACUGUUAGAAUAUCUAUAGGAGUUAAGGGAUAGAACAACAGAGGAAAAAGAAGCAGCAGAGAUUGCUUCUCAAAAUAAAGAUGGUUAAUAACCAGAAUCAAGUGGUCCUCAUUCAAACACUGUAGCAGCUGAAGAGGUCAUCAUUGAUGAUUCAUCCAACAAAUCUGAUGAGCAACUCAAGUAAUGA